AUGUACAAGCCACGAAAUCAAAAAAUCCGCACAGGGGUAUUACUUGUGGUCACUGCACAACCGCUGCUUGCAUGUUUCAACUUGAACUUCGACUUACCGCCUCCUAUCAUAGGACCGAUGCCACCGCCAAAUCGACCAAUUUUACAGUGCUGCAAUGGUCAGGUCGUAUGUGCACCUGCUGCUCCACCAUGUCCAUCGGGAGGAGGAGGAGGAGGAGGCUACGCUGCUCCUGCCCCUUCUUAUGCAGCAGGACCACCUCCGCUGCCAUCGUAUGCAGCACCGGCUGGACCAGCACCUAUAGUUCCGCCAGCUCCGCAAUUACCACGAUAUGCAGUUGCAGGGUAA